GUGGUGGCUAGUGUCACGUGCUGAUAUGAUUGCUGCUGCCGGAGUAGGAGGAGUAGGAGGAGUAGGCGGAGGAAAAGAGAGAGAAUGAGCGAAGAUGUCACGACCAGGCAAGUCGGAGGAGAAAUUCAAAGACAAAUUCAGGAAUCUGUUCAAUUUUCGCAACAGAUCACCCCCUGCCGCUCAGAAAUCUGAAGUGAAAAAAGAAUUUGUCUUUACUUUUGACAUUCUGCAGGAUAUUGGACCAAAAACCGAGAAGAGUAAACGCAUCAAUCUCAUCAAAAGUCUUAGUGAUGUAGUUGUAAGGAAAUCACUAGAAGAGAAUGCUGUGGCUGCCAUAUGGCAAGCUAUCAAAGAUUUGGUAGAAUCUCCUGUUACAGAAGACAGGCAUGUUGCAUUAGCUUUCCUGUUACAUCUUAUCAAGGGGCAGAAAGAACAUUUGGGACUGUUGCGAAGUCAUUUUUUUAAUAUCAUAAAACAUUUAACAAAUCCUGAAGAUUUCGGUUAUCGAUUAGAAUUAUUUUCUACGCUCACAUCAAAUGGCAAGAAUUUGACCUAUUUUGAAGCAGAAACUGCUCAUUUGCUGGCAAUAUUGAUUCAGGAAAUUACCAAAUUGACCUACAUCUCAAAUUUUCUCACUUUAGUCGUAAAUGCAAUCUUAAAUAAUGUCGGCUAUUUUGAUGAACAGUCUUUAUCAACUAUCAUCCAGUCAACAUGUAUGUUGAUUACCAAAGUCAAAAAUUUAAAUGAUAUUAAGCAAUGUGUAGAACUUUUGGGUUUGGUUAUCGAUCUUCAAUGUGUUCCAGCAAAUUGUUUAACCUAUAUUGUCACAGUAUUAUGUCGCACACUUAAUAUCCGCAAUAAUGCAACCACAAGUUGGGAGGUGAUGAGGAAGUUGCUAAGUACACAUCUUGGCCAUCAUGUAAUUCACAUUAUGUGUUGUCUGCUGGAAGAAAAAAACCACCCCAUCGAUGAGCAAGUGCUUCGAGCAGCUGUCUAUUAUUUGGGUAUGGCUCUCUGGGGGUCAAAGAAAGUGACAAGUCUCAGUCAGCCACCAUCAUCUGUGUUACCUUCUUUUAGACAGGUACUAGAUUGUGGAAGUCAACUAGUAGCAUUUGAAGUCACUCUUAGUCUUGGUCAUUUGGUGAAGAGAUAUGGUCAAAUAUUGACCUAUGCUGGAUGGGAUAUAGUUUUGGAUAUUUUAAGUACAUUGUUGAAAAACCCUGAAUGGUCUCCGCCAAGCCAAGUGUCAAUGGAAGAAAGCUUACACAGUAUUUUGACAGAUAUCGAAACUCUUCAACUACAUCGACUUUACAGUGGCUCUACGACUAAGUUAUUUUGUAUUAUAGAAUCUUGUGCAACAAAAAGACCUGCAGCAUCUGUAAUAUCUUUGAUAGAUCAUACAGCUGAAAGUUUACAUCCUGGAGAAGAGAAUUGGAUAGAAAACCUUCAGCAACUUUUAGAGAAAUAUUUUAGCCAUGAAAUCCGUACAGAAAUCAGAAUAAAGGCACUUGAAGUCCUCUCCAAUGUGUUAUCAGUCAAUCGUCAAAUGUAUGAAGAUAAACUUGUGGAAAUUGUGAGCACAUUUCUUCAUCGUUUGGAAACUGACCCAGAUUCUGCUGUGCGUAAAGCUGGCGCUGAACUCUUGUUAAGUAUUGUUCCUUACAGCCGGCAUCAUAAAUACUUACUGGAAAUAAUUUAUAGGGUAAUAAAGAAACCUGUGCAGUUGUGGUUACAAUCAAUUGAGGGACAGAACGUCAAGCACCAUUUAAAUGACCCUUUGGUGGGAGACACACGAGAACUUGUGAAAGCUAUGGUGGACACUUUUAAGGCUAAAAUUCUCAGUCCACCAGGUAGCUGUUGCCUUUGUAUAUAUAAUUUAUUAGUACAGUAUGCAUCGUUCCAGUACUCUCACCCUUUAUUGGUCACAACUGGUGGUGAAAUCCGAUGUAGUAUAAUUGAAUGUCUUCUGUUAUUACGCUGCAACAGUAAAUACCAAAUAGGGCUGGCAGAAACACCAGACAGCAGAAAAGUUUCUUAUAGUCCACAUCUGCUUUGUAAAAUAAACCAACAGUAUGGGAUAAAUCGAAGCCCACCUGCAACACCCACCCACCAAGCUUCAGCAUUAUCUGUUCAGAAUUCAGUAUCUGUUAUUGAUUUUUCACAAACCCUGCUACUUUUUAGUGAUUGUCUGAAGCAUGAAAGGGAUUGGAAUGUGUGGAAAUGUUUUUUGAAUCUUUUCCCAAACCUAUUACGAAAUAAAACUUUAGUUCUGUCUGAGAGAGGACAAUUGAUUGAUUUGCUGUGCCACAGUCUCUGCAAUUUAAUCACAGACCGUAAUCUGGGUUUACCUAGAAAAUUAAUAAAAAGCCCGUCCAAGUUUACUACAUCUGAUUUCCAAGCUGCGGUAUUUCCUGUCCUCAGUGCCAUAGUAACUUACCAGAGUGAUUUACAAAGAUCUCGACAGAUGGAAUUAAUAAACUGCUUUAAGAUAGGUCUGGUGUCAAGGUGUCCUCAGCUGUGUAUGAAUGCACUUCGAAUGUGUGCCUUUGAGAUGCCUGAUGCCAUGACAAGGUUUCUCCCAGAUAUCAUCCUUUCUCUCAGUAAAAUUUCUUCCACUAUCUAUAUGGGAAUUCCUGUACUUACCUUUUUAUCAACAAUUGUUCGUUUUCCUAAUCUGUAUAUGAGUUUUACUUCUGACCAGUAUUUGAGCAUUUUUGCUAUUGCAAUGCCUUAUACAAAUCCCUUUAAAUUCAGUCAUUUUAUGGUCUCAUUAGCAUAUCAUGUGAUAGCUGCUUGGUUUACUCACUGUCGGGUUGAGUGGAGGUGGCAUUUUGUAAAGUAUGUCCAGAAAAGUUUGAGUAGAUAUGUACAGCAAGAAUUUGAAGAAAAUGCCAAGCAAAGAUUAAAGAACUGUGAUACUAGUCACAGCCCAGGGAGCAGUAACAGUGCCAUCCGAGCUCGUGCAGGAAGUUGUGAAUCUGCAGAUAAAACAAGGCGGCGUUUUAAAUAUGGAUCGUCUUUACAAGAGUCUUCAACUAACCUGCCUAUCAAUGAGAAAACGUACCAGUUUCACAUGGAGUUAACUGAAACCUGUGUAGAUAUGAUGAGUCGCUAUACUCAUGCAAAUUUUGCUGCUGUCCCCAAAAGACCACCUUUGAUAGAAUUUUUACUUGCCGGUGGUCGCUCAAAAUCCUGGCUUGUUGGACACAAGAUCAUUUCCAUCACCACAAGUGGUGGCGGUAAGAAAGUUGGUUCACUUGGAGUUUGUGAAAAAUGUAUCAUGUUGUACAGGCAAGCUUGGGAAGACAGUUCAGCAAAGAAAGCCAAACAGACAGCUAAAGAGAAACAGCGUCAUAAAUUGGCUGGAUUAUACACACGUAGCAACAGUCACAUUGAGCAGACACAUCAUAACACACACAAUAGCAAUGGGUCAGAAGAUAUAGUGGGAGAAAAGAAACGAGCGGUAGACGACAUGGGGUUGCUGGAUUCAGACCAGUCUGUUUUUUUAGACGAAAACGAUCCUUUGGUUGAAAACCAGAAUAUGAAAACUUUUUUUCAAUCUAGUCCACAUAUCCUUCCAGAAGAAAAGAGUUCAUCAUCUUCCAGUACGAUGUUCUUGCCAAAUCAGUGCAACUGUUGGACUAUUGGUUGGGCUGAGGUGCGUAUCCGCUCCCCUAGCGGUAGCAUUUCAUGGAUGAUGCGGAUCGAAAACAGCCUAAACCCUUACAGCUGCCCCAGCGAUCUUCCAGUAGCUGACAUCAGUGUUCUACAGAUACCUGUACAACAACAGAGUCAGUUCUUCAAGAGUCGGGAGAAAUGUUAUAGUAGUGGUACAUUUAGCGACGAUGAAUAUGAGAACCAUUCCACACAGCAGACAUCUUUAGACCAGGAACUAAAGCAUCAUAGAAACACAGAUUUUACAAAUAAAGAAGAUGCAGCAGCUUCCAGUCCUGAAGAAGAGGAGGAAGAAGAGAAGAAGAAGCCUUCAGGUAGCAAUGCUCAGGAACAGCAAGGAGGCAAUCCCGUUGAACAGAAAGUAAAAGUGCUGAAGAAGAGUACCUCAUCUCCAUCACUGUUGUCUGUGAGUAACAGCUGUAGUAGUUGUGGGGGUGGGUCAGAUGCUGCAGCUGAACCAGGUUGUGUCAGAUCAGGCUCACGGUCAAAAGACAGACAGCUUAAGGGCACAUCCACUACAGAUGGCAGUAUGGCAUCGGGACUCACUCGGGUGAGGCCCAUCUCUACAGCACCAAUUGAGGCAUCAGCCAGUGGAGGAAGUAGGUAUUUUGAGGACUUACUGCGAAGUAUAAGACGGCAGUUGAAUCUGUCGACUAAGAAUUCGGACUCACAAUAUGACACUAACCAACAGAAUCAGACAUCCAGUCAGUAUUAUCAUCAACAACCAAUGACAGCACCAGCUGGAACCCAGUUACUUAGUCAUACCGCUUUCCCAUAUUCUCAGUCACAGCUGCAACAAGUCCAGCCGAAACGCCAACAAACUCCACCUUUGCCAAUUCCAAGUAGUUACUAUAAUGAUGAUCCGGGAUACAGACCAAGACUAAUGAGUAUGAAAGUGGCACCGACUCAUGUGGAUCCUGAUGAUUUUGAUGAGCAUGGUUCUUUAGAGUCCAUAGUUCCACACAGGCCACGUGGUCAGACGAUAUCAAUUCCAUCACCACACCACACCUACCAGAACCUAAAGAAAGUGCAGCAAGACAGUCAACAGAAGACGAAAGAAGAAAAGGAUGAAGUAAAGGGUGGUAUUGACCCCAGCUUUGUCUUUCUCCAAUUGUAUGAUGGGUUAAUAUUCUUGUCACCUCCUGACAUUCCUUUGCUAUUACCCAACAAUCAGGAUACACAACGAUCAUUAGAUAUCUUAGACUUUAUUCCAUCCUAUGAAACGCACAAAAUUGGUGUGUUAUAUGUUGGUGAGAAUCAGUGCAAUAGUGAAGUAGAUAUUCUAUCCAACCAACAUGGAUCAAAUCGGUACCAGAAGUUCAUAGAAAACUUGGGACAACUAAUACACUUAAAAGACACAGAUGGAAAAUGUGUUUUUCUUGGUGGACUUGAUGGACGGGAAAAAUCAGACGGCCAAUUUACCUACAGCUGGCAUGAUGAAUUCAUGCAAGUCAUCUUCCAUAUAGCCACAUUGAUGCCAAACAUGAAAAAUGAUAAACUUCGAAAUAACAAAAAACGUCACAUUGGUAACGACUAUGUGAAUAUAGUGUACAAUAAUAGUGAAGAGGACUAUGCAGUAACUACUCUACGGAGUGAAUUCAAUUUUGUAAACAUUAUCAUAGAACCGUUGGACUGUAACACUAAUGCAGUCAAAAUAGUUACCAGAGAAAACCAAAAUGCUGCUGUCAAAGACGUUAUAACGUCUGAUAUUGCUGAAUCUUUGGGACAAGAAUCCAAGACAAUUUCCGACGAUAAAUUAGCUGCUUUGGUUCGGCUAAUGGCAAUCCACUGUAAUUUGGCAUCUAUGGUCCUUUGGAGACAGAAAAGUAACCCUAAAGAUCCUUUUGCAUCUAAUUGGUUGGAACGUCUAAGACACAUGAAACGACUACGUAGUAAAGUAAUGGAGAAAUUGAAAACAGCUGCCGACGAGAGGGCUGGCUAUGAUCGGACUGAAGCAAAAGUUUUUCAUGAAGAUUUCACGGACUAUUCCUGAAGAUUUAAUCUUUCUAUAGCACACUUCUCCUUCUUCCAUUCUACAUCAGUCAUUUUUUUUCCUCUCCCUUUCUCUCUCUCUCUGUUUCUCUCUAUCUCUCUCUCAUAUCUGUCAACCCUCUCCUUUUUAUUUGCAUCAUUACCAUUUUCCAUCUAGAAAUCAUUCUUGUUGCCAAAAUGCUGGUGAUGUGUUUUCGUUUUUUUUUUUCCCUGUCUCACCAGUACCUCACCUUACAUAUAUAUAUAUAUAUAUGCGUAUAUAAAUAUAUAUAUAUACAUAUAUUUGUGUGUAUGUGUGUAUAU